AUGAAGGGCUGCGUCGCGCUGUCCGACUGGCUCGCCCCGCCCGUCGAGGACACGCGGCCGCCGCAGCUCGACUUCACGCUCGCCCACAGCACGGGGCUGCGCACGUUGCAUCUGAAGGUGGAGAGCCCCGACGGACGCUCGAUGCUGGUUGGCUGGAUCCCCGCGCUGCUCGACAGCAUGCAUUCGAAGUGUAUCCGCGAGUUCCUCCUCGAACUGCGGUGGGCCGACCUCCCGCACAUGCCGUGGAACGAGACGGAUGAGCGGCUCGUUGCCCUAAUGGCAGCCCAGCCGGCGCUGGUCGUGAUAUUUCACAUCUCGUGCGUGGACGAUCCUAGCGUCAGUGUGGACGACGUUCGGGAGCAGGUCGAGAACGGCCUGCCGCUCGUCGCAGCGACGGAGCGUCUUGCGGUGGAGUGCAAGGGCGCGAAUAACCCGGACUGGUUGCCGUCGCUGCCGCACUGCAACAUCCCUGAACCUUCCACCGACGACGACUCGCAGAGUUGCGAAGCAAGCACCGAAGCUUGA